UUUUAUUUCUCUCUCAUGCUUCUUUAUUUCCACAGUGAUGGAUUCUUUUUUGCUGUAAAGGAGGUUUCUUUGGUAGAUCCAGGAAGCCAAGGCAAGGAGAAAUUGCUGCAGCUUCAGCAGGAAAUUUCUCUUUUAAGUCAGUUUGACCACAAGAAUAUAGUUCGAUAUCUCGGAUCAGAUAAGGAUGAUAAUAAGCUUUACGUAUUCCUUGAGCUCAUGACUAAAGGUUCACUUAAAACCCUUUAUCAGAAAUAUGAGUUGAGAGAUUCCCAAGUCUCCGAAUUCACUAGGCAAAUUUUAAAUGGUUUAAAGUAUCUUCAUGACCAGAAAGUGGUACACAGGGAUAUUAAAUGUGCUAACAUAUUGGUUGAUGCAAGUGGAUCUGUGAAGCUUGCAGACUUCGGACUGGCAAAGGCCACCAAAGUGAAUGCUGCUAAAACCUCCAUAGGAAGUGCUUUUUGGAUGGCACCUGAGGUCGUCAAUCCAAAGAAAAGAAGCUAUGGGUCGGCAGCUGAUAUUUGGAGCCUAGGGUGCACUGUUUUAGAGAUGUUAACACGCCAGCCACCAUAUUCUGGCUUUGAACCGGUGCAAGCAUUGUUCAGAAUUGGCAAGGGUGAACCUCCUCCAAUUCCCGAUUCUUUAUCAAAAAACGCUCGGGACUUCAUCCUCAGAUGCUUGCAAGUAAACCCGAAUAAUCGGCCUUCUGCAGCGCAGUUGCUAUACCAUCCCUUUGUGAAGAAGCUAUCUACUUCUCCUAGUUUUGAUUUCAACUCAUUUGGGCAACAUUUGGUCAUUAAUUUUUUGCGGGGUCAUCCCUAACGGUCCAUUGCUUUAAAGGUAACUCACAGAUUUCAUUUGUUAUUUUCUUGUUGCAUUG